AAUCUGUGGCUGUAUCAUUCUGUGUUUCCAGUCAGUUGAAGGCAGUGUACUAGUGUUGAUAAAGGAAGAAACAUUUGAAUUGAGUGAAUAGGUUUCAGGCCCUAUUUUGUUAUUUGCAGAAUCUGUUCCUCACGCUAUGCUGCACUUUAGCCCAAUGCUCCUAAUCUUUUGCCACUUGAUGGGAGGUGGACAAGUCAGAGGACCUUUCUUAUGGGUCUGCUCCUGGACCUAGCUAAUGGCGAUAGGCAGGUCCAGGAUGGACACAACACUUGGAACGUCGCUCUGGCUCCCUAUCUCAUUUGCAUAUUUUUGUCCGUGCCCUGUUGACUUUGAAGAUGGAGCAUGUGGUGUCUACAGUCAAGACCCUCAGCUGAUAGACACUGCAGGAAAUAAUCAGAAAGCUAAUGGAAUGUUAAUCUUUAUAACUAGAAGGCUAGAAUAUGAAGGGAGGGGGUAGUUUUGUUGCAGUUGUACUAAACCUGGGUUAAACCACAUCUGGAAUACUGUGUAUAGUUCUGGGCAAUACUUAUUGGAAAUGAUAUAUUGAUCUUAGGAGUGCAAUUCACCAAAAUGUUACCUGGGCUCCAAGGCUUAGAUUAUAAAGAGAGAUUACCCAAAUGAGAUUUCUAUCCUCUGAAAUAUAAAAGGUUAAAGGGUAAUUUGUCUGACGUUUUUAGGAUUUUGAAAAACUUGAUGGGGUAUGCGAAAAGAAACUUUUUUCUCUGCUGGUGGGGAAUCCAGGACAAGGGAACGUAAUGUAAAUCAGAGCCAGGCCGUGCGGGAGAGAGCCGGGAGAAAUUGUUUGACUUCUACCAGCAUAUCCGUGCAGUUCCGGACUAUGAUUUAAAUCAUCAGUAUGAGAAACUGAUUCACGAACUGAUCAAAGACAGCAAGGUUCAGAGCAUGGAGACAGGAAAACUGGAACAGACACUCAAAAGGACGGAGGAAAUGGCUGACGUGCGACUGGCUGAAAUGGAAGAAGAUAUGCAACAGCAGGCAACGAAACUUGAGCAGAAAAUCCGAGGAGAGGAGCAGUCGAAACUUGAGGCAAAAAUGGCAGAAAUGCAGAAGCGACAUGAAACCGAGGUAACCGAUCUACAGGCAGUCAUUGACCGAAUGAAAAAGCUUAAUGAAGAGUUGUGGAAUUCAAAUUCCAAAGGGGACAUCUCUGCUCUGAAGGAACAGUUGGAUGAAUUAACACAGGAGAAUGAGCAUUUGAGAAGUUCCCUGCUUCAGAGCCAGACAGCGACUUCCAUUCUGGAAGCUGGUCUAGACAAAUGCAAAAAUGAGCUCGCCGAUCAUCAGCUUGAUCAGGAACGGACGAAGGAAAUCAUGAAGAAACUAAAUGAAGAGAAUGAAGUUUCCAUGAAUCAGAUACAGAUGCUUCAGGAGGCCAAUAAGGCUCUUUAUGACAGCAAUAAUGGAUUACGUACUGCUUUGGAACGAAAUCACAGCUCGAAUAAAAACAAGUAUUCCUUAAAUGGAUUGGUUCCAGAGAGAGGAGUAAAAUCGGAAGUACAAAAUGGAAUACCUAGCUACAACAGACAGAGAAUAUCUGAAGUGGCAAACUGGGCGGACCGAUACCUGGACGGUGUGUCCACAUCUCAAGGCGUGGAUUAUUCCUCGGAUGAUUACGACAGUGAAGAAAGCAAUGAUUCUCGUGAAACGAUGCACUACAGUUAUUCAUAUGUGGCAUCAGAUACUGAGAUGCCGGAGUUGAGGUUAGAGGUGGACGGAGUACCUUGGAGCAGGAAACCAUCAAGGCCUGUCAGCCGCUGCAGCUCCACAGCAUCCUCCAGGAGACGUCUGCCAGCAUUCUCAUCAAAGAAUGUGAGCAUUGCAGGGGACAAUACCCAAUCUGAUGGACCACUUUAUAGACUUGUCCUUGCAGGAGAUGCUGGUUCAGGGAAAUCCAGUUUUUUACUGCGUCUGUGUAUGAAUGAGUUCAAAGGACACAUUCCUACUACGUUGGGAGUUGAUUUUCAAAUGAAGAAACUAUUGGUUGAUGGUGAAAGUGCCACGUUACAGAUUUGGGAUACUGCUGGGCAGGAGAGGUUUCGUAGUAUUGCCAAGUCCUAUUUCCGAAAAGCUCAUGGUGUGUUAUUACUGUAUGAUGUGACUUCGGAGAAUAGUUUUCUGAAUGUCCGAGAGUGGAUUGACGAAAUUAAGAGUUCUACUGAUAUCCCAACACCAAUUAUCUUAAUCGGGAAUAAAAUAGAUUUAAGAAAUGAAACGCCUUAUGCACAGCGUGGCACUGUGCUGACUGCCCAUGGAGAGAAACUAGCUAUGACUUACAAUGCAUUAUUUUGUGAAACAAGUGCAAAAGAUGGGACCAAUGUGGUGGAGGCUGUUCUGCAUUUGGCCAGAGAAGCCAAGAAGCAUGCAAAGAUCAGGGACCGUGUUGAACCAAUAAUGAAGCUAAUAGCAGCAGAUGGGAAAAAAGCACUGAACUGCUGCAAAGCGUAGAACUAGUACUUCAUGGAUUGUAGUUUUUCACUGACCUCUAUUAAGCCACAGAUUAUUCAUGGGAUUUGUGAUGUUUGCUCACUAUAUGCUAUCACAGAUUUUUUUUUUCAAACCUUUACUCUCAUUUGAGAGCAUCUCUAUUUAAUGGCCAAUAGAUUUGGCAGAUACUGUGUAUAUUUUUAUAUGAGGGUAUAUAGGUUUAAAUGUACAUAUUCGAGCAGAGGAACACGUGUUGCCUAUUCUAUCUUGUGAUAGGUUUUACCUUAAUACAAAACCGACACUUUAAAAAAAGACAUGCAAAGAAUGUAAAAAGUAAAACGAACUAAGUUUUGUAAAAUAAAGGAAUUUGCUUUUUCAAAUGACAUCUAUUCAGUUUAAAAACUAUCCAGUUAGAAAUUUAAAUAAAAUGGAUUUCUUAAAAUGGAUGGCAUGAGCCUCCCUGCCUCCCCUCUUCAUCUAACCCAAUCAGCAUAUUCUCCACAGAUGCUGUCAGACCUGCUGAAUUUUUCCAGCUGUUUUUGUUUCAGAUUUCCAGCAUCCGCAGUAUUUUGCUUCUGGCACAUUCUGUUCUUCCUUUAUCCUUUUAAUGUAAUUAUUAAAGCUUCCCCUUAAAUGCAUCUAUGCUAUUCACCUCCACUACUCCUGGUAGCGAGUUCCACAUCCUCGUCACAAUUAGGGCAAAUUUAUUAGUGACCAUCUUAUAUUUAUGACUGCUAGUUUUGGAGUCCACCACCCUCUAUGAAGCAAUUAAAUCCCACUUCUCUGAUUUGAAUCUGCACUUUUAAAAUUUAUUCAUUAAUGGGAUGUGGGUUUCGCUGGCUAGACCAGCAUUUAUUACCCAUCCCUAAUUGCCAUUAAAGGGCAUAAUCUGAUUAUGGGCUUGUAGCUAAGCACAUCAUUUGUUGGGGUCCAGUUUACCUAAAACUACAAAUAUUUUAAAUCUUCAGAAAUUUGAGCCAUUCUCUGUAUGGAUGCUGAUUUUAAAAUUUCAUUGCAUUUUCCUCCACAGGAUUACUACUUGGCUUCAUCCAGGUACCUGUCCUCUGUAACUAUAUGCCAAGUAGCUACCCUUCUAGGUACACCCGGAACACACAUUCUGUGAUCACCAACUACCUAGCUAUUGCCCAUUGCUGCAGAAUGGGAAGACUCCAACGAAUGAAAUUGAGAAGGGUGAGGGCAGGAAUAGGCUUAUCAAAUAUGCCUUUGUAUGCUGCAGUAUCUUUUAUACAUGAUCUCGGGUUCAGGCAACUCAAAAACCCCUUUAUGAUCCUGUGCACCCUAAAGGACUUUUUCAUUCCUAGGAUGGGGUGCAUUCUCCUUGUGACCAGCAAAUUUUAAACAAGUGUUUUCUGUGGACAUGAUGGAAUCACUUUUUCUGCGGGAAUUCUGGUGAGGUUUCCAUUGAUUCCAUCCAUUUGGAAACUUGCUGAUUUUAAAACUGACACUGGUUCCAUCUGCUGGAAUAGAUGAGCUAUCACACCCAGCCACACUACAGUGGAGAGCUUUGCUUGGCCAAAAGACUGCUAACUAAUGCAAUAGGGAACCUAGGAGCAAUUUCUUUACCUUGAGUGGUGAGAAUAUGGAACUCUCCACAAAAUGGAAUAGUUGAGGCAAAUAGCAUAGCUCCUUUAAAGGAAACUAGAUAAACAUGAGAAAGUAAUAAAGACUAUAUUUACAGGAUUAGAUGAAGAGUUGUGAAUCAUUUUCCGGCACUGGCUGACAAAUAAGCCUUUUGUGCAGUGUUCUGAUGUUUUAAAAGACAAUGUAUUGCUAAUGCCAGUCUCCUAUUUGGAAAAACCCGGUGGAGGCCCAGUAAAGCUACUGUUAAGGCGCCUCACCAGACCAACAAAAACUCUAGGCUGCUGUUGCUUCCUCGGGUUCUAUCCCCAUCAGUUGAGGCCCAGUUGGUUGCAAUCUUGCCUGUAAGUCAGAAAGUGCUUUGGGAUGUCCUCUGCUCAUGAAAGGCAAUACAAAGCAUCUUUUUUCCCUUUCAUCUUUCCAACUGUUUAAAGCACCUGACCCAUCUUGCCCCCGCAUCUGGAUUUGCCAGAUUCCAGACCGCCUAAUUUGUGAGAGCCUGAAUUGGAAGAUUGGUCUCCAGAUGCCUGUUUUGGACAGGCAGGUGGCUGAUGGGACACAAAAAAGAUCCAGCCACUAAAAUGGAGCAUCUGCCACGGCUCCCAGGUUUGUCAUUGACACAUCCCGCUGGGAACUGUCAGGUUCCUCUUUUUUUUUUAAACUCUUAACAACUAGUGGAAUUCAAAAUUCAAAUCAUAAACUGUAAUCUGAUAGACAAAGCUCUCAACCAACCCGCCCACUGCUAGUAUGGACAAAUAAAGAAAGGCGUUUAUCAAGCACCUUGUCACAUCCUUCACACAUGGUGGGUGGGGUUCUCUCUUCCAGCUCCCCUGCCCACAAAAAGCAUAUCUGUUCCUCCUAUUCUCCAGACAACGCUGCUAAAACAGGCAGUAGUUUGCUCACUGGUUCCUAUGCAAAGCAAGGGCUUUUUUGCUGUUUUGAUGAACACUGAUUUUUGUUUGCAUGUGUAUAGGGUUAGACUGCUGAGACAUAUUAUUCCAUUGGGGAUCAGUGUUUGGCAUCUUUAUGUCAGAGUUCAGGUUCGAGCAAAGUUGGGUAGCAAGGUGUGCUAAUUCCCAUAUGUGCUUUGGGAGUGGCUCCAUGCACUGUCUUUGCAUAUAGCCGAGCAUAGUGAAGAGUUGAGCCGAGGUUAGAAAUAUGAAGAAACUGGUCAGUUGGUGAGCAAUGAAGAGCUCAGAUGGUAGGGGUUGUGUCCCCAAUAGAGGAUAAGUAUAAAGAAGACUUGAGAUUUGUUUUAAACAUGACAAGUUUUAUUUAUAAUGAAAUAUAAGCAGGACUGUUUGGUUCUUUUUUAACUAUUCACUAUUUAGAAAAUAGCUGCAGAAUAAAAACUGAAGGCUGAGCAGGCAGGAGUGGUAACACUUGGGAUUGGCAGGUUUUGGACUAAGUGUAAAAUUUGUGCAAAUUUACAGGUAAAAACAAUUGAUUAGAGAAUGAGGACAGGAUAGGCCCUUCAAAUGUUGAGUGUUCGCAUCAGAUUGAGAUGCAUCUCAUAGGAAUAGGCAAAAGUACUUUAAAAUAAUGUGCUCACAUUGGGCCAAAACGUAUAAUGGAAGACUAUCUUAAGUACAAGAUGAGUACAAUGCUGCACGCCUUUUGUACUCUUCACCAUUUUAGUAUUCACUAACAGAUGUCAAGCCCAUCCCACUAUUUAUUUUUACGCCUUAGUAAAUUGUUAUACUCAAAUCAAGAGACUGAAAUUACUUCCAAUUGGUUUGAGACAGGCAUCACAAUCCUUGAACAUUUCCUGCAUCUUUUCAAUAAGAGUACAUUUCAGCUUAAAUAACUUGCUACAUUUUUUAUGCUUUCAUAGUCCCAUUACAGUUUGAGGGUGUGAUAUUUGAGUUUGACUCAAAAAAUUAAGUCAAAGCGAGCAGAGAGAGAACUUUGUCCAGUGGCUGGAGGGUUGGUAAUCAAGAGCUGAAGAAGAGUCAUACCGAUUCGAAACGUUAACUGUGUUUUUCUCUCCACAGAUGCUGUUAGACCUGCUGAGUUUUUCCAGCAUUUUCUGUUUUUGUUUCAGAUUUCCAGCAUCUACAGUGUUUUGCUUUUAUCUUAGUUUACUUGUGUAUUUUGACCAAGUGGAUUUUUGGGGGGGCGGGAAGAAAUGUUUUGUAAGACUGUUUAACUGUGUAAUUUUAAUCUUGUGUACUUAAGUAUUUUUGCUU